AUGGCCCGCGGGAACCAGAGGGACAAGGCCAGAGAGAAGGCGCAGAAGGCCGCCGCCGGCGUCAAAAACAAGAACACGGCAUCCGGCAGCGAGAUGCAGAAGAACAAGGAGGAUGCCGCCGCCAUCAUGAGGGCCAAGCAGGCAGCAGCGGACCAGAAGAAGGCCGAAACGAAGAAGUAG